CUCGGCCGUGUUGACGGCACUUGACGUGUCUCCGUCAACACAACAAUGGCGGAUGCCGCGGAGGAAGCGCUUCAUGGCAGCUGGGACCAGGAUCUAGCUGAGGCUCUGGACUCGGGCUCUGACAUGGAGAUGGAGCGAGGCAUCAUCCAGGUCCAGGAGCAUUCAGCUCAGCACAGGGCCAAGAUGUGGAAGGUGAGCAGAAGCCUGACUCACUGCACUUUACAACGUAUACGUUUAUUUAGCAGUAAGCAUUCUUCUGUUAUUAGAGUCAGAAUGCUGUAGAGAAAUUACUCUCAUCAGACUGGAAAGACCAGUUCAGGCUCAGAUGAUGUAAAGGCCAUCACGCCUUUAAGACACACCCACAUUUGAGCAUCGGUUGGUUCUACUUUAAACAAUUAGUUAACACCUGUUAAUGUCUACCUCUUAGUACUUUAA